UAGUCUCCAUGACAGCUUUUGCGUCGUACACAGAUUGAAGUGUCGUAAAGACAUCCUCCCCCUUCCCACGUGACGCUCCAGAGUGUAUUCUUGUUGUGUGUGCUCAUGAGUCUCCAGUAGACCUCUCUGUUUCAGUGAACUGGACCUAAAAGCAUGGAGGGAACCGACGAAUUCUCCAAGUACCGCUCACCGCUCGUUUCCAGAUAUGCUAGCAAGGAAAUGGCCUUCAACUUUAGCGACAGGAAAAAGUUUAGCACCUGGAGGAAGCUGUGGAUCUACCUCGCUAAAGCUGAAAAGGUUCUGGGUCUGCCCAUCACUGACGCUCAGAUCCAGGAGAUGGAGGCACACGCCGACAACAUCGACUUCUCCAUGGCUGCUGAAGAAGAGCGUAAACUCCGGCACGACGUGAUGGCUCACGUCCACACGUUCGCUCACUGCUGCCCCACCGCCGCUCCCAUCAUUCAUCUGGGGGCCACUUCCUGCUAUGUUGGGGACAACACUGAUCUCAUCAUGUUGCGUGACGGAUUUGACAUCCUGCUGCCAAAGCUGGCCAGAGUCAUCGAUAGGCUGGCAAACUUUGCAGAGAAAUACGCCGACCUCCCUACUCUUGGCUUCACACAUUACCAGCCUGCGCAGCUCACCACUGUGGGGAAGCGGGCGUGUCUGUGGCUGCAGGACUUGGCCAUGGACAUGCGCAACCUGCAGCGAGCGCGAGACGACCUGCGCUUCCGGGGAGUGAAGGGGACCACCGGCACUCAGGCCAGCUUCCUGCAGCUCUUUCAGGGGGACCAUGACAAGGUGGAGGAGCUGGACAGGAUGGUGACAGAGAUGGCUGGCUUCAAAAAAGCAUACCUGGUGACUGGACAGACCUACAGCCGAAAGGUGGACGUGGACUGUCUGUCCACUCUGGCCAGUUUGGGAGCUUCUGUUCACAAGAUCUGCACAGAUAUCCGUCUGCUGGCCAACCUGAAGGAGAUCGAGGAGCCUUUUGAAAAAGAGCAGAUCGGCUCCAGCGCCAUGCCCUACAAGAGGAACCCCAUGCGGGCAGAGCGCUGCUGCAGCUUGGCCCGACACCUGGUGGCGCUGAUGGCCGACCCGCUGCAGACGGCCUCGGUGCAGUGGCUGGAGAGGACGCUGGACGACAGCGCCAACAGGAGGAUUUCUCUGCCCGAGUCGUUCCUGACGGCAGACAUCAUCCUCAGCACCCUGCAGAACAUCACAGAGGGUCUUGUGGUCUAUCCAAAGGUCAUCGAGAGGCACAUCCGCCACGAGCUGCCCUUCAUGGCCACAGAGAACAUCAUCAUGGCCAUGGUUCAGGCUGGAGGAAACAGACAGGACUGCCACGAGAAGAUCCGCGUUCUUUCCCAAGAGGCGGCGGCGGUGGUCAAACAGGAAGGUGGAGACAACGACCUGCUGGCCAGAGUCCAGCGAGACCCGUACUUCGCCCCCAUCCUCGGGCAGCUGGACGCCCUGCUGGAUCCCAGGACCUUCAUUGGGCGCGCUCCUCAGCAGGUUACUAGAUUCUUGUCUGAAGAAGUACGCCCCCUGCUGGAGCCGUUCAAGGCCAAGAUGGACGUCAAGAUUGAACUGGAACUGUAGUGAAAGCAGAACAUAGCAGCAUGAUGGUUUCCACUGGAAUAAAAAAGAUUCUUAUGUUG